UGCUAAGCGCUGAUGUGCCGCUAACAACUUCUUAGCUGGCCAAAGAAACAUAUUUUUAUAUAAGCAGCGCUUUUGAUAUCAGCAUUAUACUUGCUGGAUUUCCAAAGCUCCAACUGAUUUGAUUGCUGAUUAAAAAGCUUUUAAGAUUUUUAGCUUGAGAAAGAAGCUAGCUAGUAUUAGAAUGUUACUUAAUUUUGCAUACAACUUACUUGCGUAAAUACAUAUAACAUUCAUAUGUACUUAUAUAAAACGUUUAUAAAUGUUUUGCUUGAAGCAAAAUGGCGCAGCCAGUUUCCGUUGCAAUUUGUGUAUGUAUUUCAUUUAAUUAUGAAUUUUAAAUAAUUUUCAAGCUGCUUUUGUUAAUUCUCUAAGAAUCGUACGCUUUCGUGAUAAUUCGCUGCACUAACAGCUCGUUGUAUUAAUUUAUUCAAAUUACACGCAUACAUACAUAUGCAUGUAUACCGAUACCAAUACAUAGAUUAUGCAUGCAAGCUUGCUUUGCAACGAAUUUAACGCUUUUUGUGCAGCAAUGCAUUAGCGAACUUCCGCUAAAGCACAGUGUGUCGAAAGUUCAUAAAUCCAGCCAAAUAAAAAUGAGUUCAGACUAUCUCAUACAAAUAAAAAAUGUAUACAUACGUAAGCAUUCACUUGAAAAUCUGCUUUUCAUGCAUAUUGAACAGUGUAAUCACUUUCAAAAUGGCCAAACACGACACUCGUCGUCGGCUUGUGACCGAUGCAAGCAAAUAAAAUCUAAACAAACACAAGCGUAUGUGUUUACCAUAACAUAAUGCGUGUGUGUGUGUGUAUGUGCCGUGAAGCCGGCAAAACGCCACCACCAACAGAGCAGCUGCACCGCUGGAGGAUGAACGAAACAAAAGGCAUUGGUGGCAGGUAGCAAGCAGCAAGCAGCAGCGUUGUUGUUGCCGUUCGCCUUACUACGCUUGUCGCUCGCACGUAUCCGGCAACGCUGCGCUUUGUUGUUGUUUACAUUUUGCUUUUGUGCCGCCUUCGGCAUUAAAUACACGAUUAUUAUGUACACAAAUAGUUGGAAUAACAAUGCAAAGGGAGAAUGCAGAUGUAUGGCGGAGAUGAGUAUAAUGCGAAAGGGCAAUAAAUUUAGAUGCGAACGAGCAAACGAAAAUAACAAUGUAUAGCGGAUAAUGUGGAAUGGCAGACGGCGAAAACUAAACAACCCCCGGCAUUUGCGAUUUGUUGUUUUUGUUGUGAACGCAGGCGGAAGCAGGCACAAUGCGUGAUUUGGAAAAUGCAUACACACAUGCUACAUAUAUACAUAUAUACAUAUGUGUGUAUGCUUGUAUGUAUGUGAAUGUAUGUUAACACAAUCUAAAUUUCUAAUGUAUGACCCUGUUUGCUGGCGGUACGUGCUGGAGGCGACAUCUCUGUAAGCAGCGCUAAAACAGCGGAACGAUACCCUAACACACGCUCAUAUACACACAUACAUAUAUACAUAGUGCAAUAUGUAUUGUCAAUUCGCAUAUGCUGAAUAGCUAGGUACAUCCGGUCUUUUCAAAUGGACCGUAUUCACAAUAUCCGAGUUCAAAAAUACUACAAGAACGACAGGUGCGUUAAGCACCAGCAAAGAGACUGGUUGUUGUAACUAUAUUAUAAGGAAAAUAUUGUUGGAAUGUUAGUCGUAUGGUUGUAUCUAGCCAUCUAGAAUACGGAAAGAAGUUAUGCACUAGCUAACCUAACCUAACAUUUCACAAGAUAUGUAUUAGAGCUGGGCUUCAGGGCCCAUGGAAACUACCAGACUGGCGCACUGCUACUACUUACCGAUCCAAACCGCGUUAGAUCGUCGAAAAAACCAUAUAAAAUCCGGCUCUCAUUAAGGUAGAACCGGCUGAAUCUAACGUGACCCUUGCACAACUUCCGGAAUAGAGCCCGAUAUGACAAUUUACUUGGGCCCAACCACUUAAACAGCGUAUGCAUACUCGCUACAAAAACAGCAACAACCAGGUUGGCUCCAUAUAUGUACAUAAGAAAUAUUCGCAGAAAUCUCUUAUUAAUCCACAUCUUACCAAAAAAAGUAUGCGGUCACCUUGGGUUAUACCCAAAAAAUGCCCAACAAACCGGCAGUUUUACGUAAAUUUGUUAGUGCUGGCGCUUGGCAACUCGUAGAUUGAGUGAAAUCGAGUUAGUAAAGGCAAAUGUCGCUCGUCCAGCCACUAAAUGCAUGCUAGUGCGCCGAGCAGCCAUUCAGUGGAUAAAGCGGGUCGCUCAAGUGAGAAUGUGUCUUCAAUGAGUGCGCAACUCGUCUGCCGUAGUGGGAAUAUUUAUUGACUUCUGCUAUACAAAUUUGUUGCUGCAGCAAAGUUUUUACAACAGAAGCAUUCAUAUAAGCAAUACGCAAAUUAAACUGGAAAUCAAUUUCAAUACAUCGACUACCUCUCCAUGGAACUGAGGAACCACAGCGACGAAUGGAGCAGUUAUUGUUAGAGCGGCGCCCAAUCUUUUCCGACACCUCCAAUUUCAAUUGAGAAACGUACAUAUCAUCUACAUACAUAUGUGCGAUAAAAAUUUUCUAGCUGACAUCAAACUCUAAAUCACAGUAACAACAACAGACGUUUUCCUUCAAACAAAAAAUUAUUCAUACAAAAUUUCAACCAAAUGUCCUUGUUGCGACAAUUUUUCGGCUCCACAUCAAAUUCAUGGAUACGUGCGCUCGUCAUCUUCGUACUCACCUGGGCGCUGCUCGUUUACGUCUUUGUCAAUAAACUCAAUACGCAGCCGAAUGCGGACAUAGAUACGAUAACGGCGAAACGCAUCAAUCAGGCUUUGCAGCUGCUCGAAUACUCAAAGCAACGCAAUGAGGAGCUGCGUCAGAUGAUUGAGAAGCUUUCGAGCGACCAGAUCGAUAAGCAAUCGGCACAGCGUCUAAUCGAAAAGCUCGAAUUUAAUUUACAAAAUUCCAUAAACGUACAAAAUCAGGAUGCAUUAGCAGAUUUUAUGGGCGCCGGUGAUGGUGAUAGCGGUGCGGACACUUUCGGCAGAAUGCCGGUACCCAAUGCAAUCGCACAGAGUGCGGCAGACGUCGUUCACGAGCCCAGCUUAGAAUAUGAGCUGCUGCGUCGACGCAUCGAAUCGAAUGUCGGCGAAAUUUGGAACUAUUUUAGCAGUGAAUUGGGCAAGUUGCGCAAGCGCGCCGCGCCAACGCAGGCCGAACUGACGCAGGACAUCAAUGAGGUGUUGCAGCUAGGCGCCGAGCAUAAGCGCUCGUUGCUGAGUGACCUAGAUCGAUUGCGGCAAGUGGAUGGUUAUGAGGCAUGGCGCCACCAGGAGGCGCGCGAUUUGAGUGAUUUGAUGCAGCGGCGUCUACACUACUUGCAGAAUCCGAAAGACUGUGCGAAUGCGCGCAAGCUGGUAUGCAAACUCAACAAGGGCUGUGGUUAUGGCUGUCAGCUGCAUCAUGUUGUUUACUGUUUCAUUGUUGCCUAUGCGACGGAGCGCACCAUGAUAUUGAAGUCGCGCGGCUGGCGUUACCACAAGGGUGGUUGGGAAGAGGUUUUCCUGCCGGUAUCGGAGACCUGCUUGGACGCAGAUGCUGCGCAUGCGAGUAAUUGGCCAGGACGUCAUGAUAUGCCUGUGCUGGUACUACCCAUCAUUGAUUCGCUCAUGCCGCGUCCACCGUUUCUGCCGUUGGCCAUACCUGAGGACCUGGCACCGCGGCUCAGACGCUUGCAUGGCGAUCCGAUUGUCUGGUGGAUAGGACAGUUCUUGAAGUAUUUGCUGCGUCCGCAAAAGGGCACAUUGGAGUUCCUAGAGUCGGGUCGUGCGAAAUUGGGUUUCAAGAAGCCUAUUGUGGGCGUUCAUGUUCGUCGCACGGACAAAGUAGGCACCGAAGCCGCCUUCCAUCGCAUAGAGGAGUAUAUGACGCAUGUUGAGGACUACUUUCUCACUUUGGAAAUUAAUGGUACCGUAGUGCCGCGCCGCAUUUUCCUUGCUUCCGAUGAUGCGCGUGUCAUCGAGGAGGCGCGCAAAAAAUAUCCGCAAUACGAGAUCAUCGGCGAUCCCGACGUGGCGCGUAUGGCCGCCGUCUCCACGCGCUACACCGACACCGCGCUCAACGGCAUCAUACUCGACAUACAUCUGCUAUCGCUCUCCGAUUAUCUCGUCUGCACAUUUAGCUCGCAAGUAUGCCGCAUGGCCUACGAAAUUAUGCAGACACUGUAUCCGGAUGCGGCGCACCGUUUCAAAUCGCUGGACGAUAUCUACUACUAUGGCGGGCAGAAUUCGCACAAUCGGCAAGUGGUGAUCGGUCAUGCAGCGCGCAAUCAAUUUGAGAUCCAUAUGAAACCAGGCGACCUGGUGGGCGUGGCCGGCAAUCACUGGGACGGCUAUUCCAAGGGUCAGAAUACGCGCACAAAACAAGCGGGACUAUUUCCCUCGUUCAAGGUGGUCGACAAGGUGGAAACCGUCAAGCUGCCGCUCUAUGAGCAGGUGCAGCAGGGGCGGCUGUGAGCGUAAGUGUAACGAGAAAACGCGUAUAAAUCAAAUUUAUGUUUUUCUUUGGGGUCAGUGUAUGUAAUUUAUUUUUUACUAAAUAUUUUUUUUGUUUUUUAUGUUAGCAUAAAUGUUUUAGUGCUGUGCAAUAAUAUUCUGCUAGAUGCUAGAUUUUAGUCAAUAACUAUACACACAUGCAAGUAUACAUAUGUAUAUAUUUUUAUAUAAAAUUUUCGAUAUGUGACCAAAGUUAAGGCGACUUUGGCUUUGGCGACGUUGAUUUUGCAUUCGAAUUUCUAUAAUUGAUAGACAAGCUGCACAAAUUCCUUAGUAUAAUAUUUGUAAAAUUAUGUUUUGAUUGGAAAUCAUGUUUAUUUAUUUUGAAAAAAUUUAUAAGUUACUAAUUAGGUAGUUAUAAGCAUGUUAAAGUAAGCAGAAACCAAAUCAAUUGAAUUUUUAUAAAAAAAAA